UCAUCGAGCCGGGGGAGGGGAAGGGGUCGCUCCGGGGCCUGGGCAGAGAGAAUUACCUCCUCCUGCUUGUUCCCGUUUCAAGGUGGGCCGUUAGAGCUGAGGUGGGGGUUGUCUGAGAGCGGCUGAGACCUGGAGCCGGGCGGUGACACAUGAUGAGCCAGGCGGAAUCGGGGUGGCUGAAGGAUGCCCCUGGGAGGUCGCGAUAGGCACCGAAGGCCUCAAACUUUCGUAGGCGUGAAAAGCGAAGACGUUAGAAUUGUUUCUGAAAACUCCUUCGAGGAAACGUGGUUCCAGCUUCCCAACGGCUGAAACAAAUACCCCCCCCGCCCCCCCCAGCCUGCGCCCGCAGCGGGACGGCGAGGACAGCAGGGCUGAGGCUCCCCCCAUCCCCUCGGGAGUCGGUGACCAUGUGCCACUAGGAAUGGAAAGUCACGAGAGAGACUCGGCCGGUGUCUGUUUUUACCUGGUGGCCUGAAGUCCCAGAGAUGACCUAGCACUUAAGAAUCAAACUGGGCCAGGUUAAAGGCCAAGUUGACUUGAAAGAACCUGAACAGUGGGACCAGGUCGGAAGCAAAGCAAGUCCCCACCCGAGUGGAUCUGGUCAAAGUUAUAUAUUCUUUUUAAAAGACAUUGUGUUACUGGAGCCAGGCCUGGAUCUUUUAGCAUCCGAUUGAGCUGGAAGCAGCUCGUAGGUUUGUUUUGGUUUUGUUGGUGUUUUGUUUUUUUGUUGUUUUUUUUUUAAUUCAUGUUUGUACAAUCUUCUGGAUAUUUUUUUUCAAGAAGGAGUAAAAGGGAGUGUUGGAAACUAACAAACAGGAUUAAACCCCUGAGCGCUUAAGGAAAACAGGUUAAGGAACUUAAUCCAGGAUGGAUCUGCAGGAGCCCCAGCAGCUGGGCAUGUUUGCGGAGAGCGAGCUGAUGUCUGUGGGGAUGGACACCUUCAUCCAUCGCAUCGACUCCACCGAGGUCAUCUACCAGCCGCGGCGGAAAAGGGCCAAGCUCAUUGGCAAAUACCUGAUGGGAGACUUACUGGGAGAAGGGUCUUACGGCAAAGUCAAGGAGAUGUUGGACUCUGAAACCCUCUGCCGGAGAGCUGUGAAAAUCCUGAAGAAGAAGAAGCUGCGCAGGAUUCCCAACGGGGAGGCAAAUGUGAAAAAGGAAAUCCAGCUCCUGCGACGAUUAAGGCACAAAAAUGUUAUCCAGUUGGUAGAUGUGUUAUACAAUGAAGAGAAGCAGAAAAUGUAUAUGGUGAUGGAGUACUGUGUGUGCGGGAUGCAGGAGAUGCUGGACAGUGUCCCAGAAAAGAGGUUUCCGGUGUUUCAGGCUCACGGGUACUUUUGCCAGCUUAUAGACGGCUUGGAAUACUUGCACAGCCAAGGGAUUGUCCACAAGGAUAUAAAACCGGGGAACCUCCUGCUAACAACCAAUGGGACACUAAAAAUAUCCGAUUUAGGCGUAGCAGAGGCGCUGCAUCCCUUCGCGGAGGACGACACGUGCAGGACGAGCCAGGGGUCGCCAGCAUUCCAGCCGCCCGAAAUCGCCAACGGCCUGGACACCUUUUCAGGCUUUAAAGUAGACAUCUGGUCCGCGGGGGUCACGCUAUACAACAUUACGACGGGUCUGUACCCCUUUGAAGGGGAUAAUAUCUAUAAAUUAUUUGAAAACAUCGGGAAAGGUGACUACACAAUUCCAGAGGAUUGUGGUCCUCCGCUCUCAGACUUAUUGAGAGGGAUGCUUGAAUAUGACCCAGCCAAGAGAUUUUCAAUACAGCAGAUAAGGCAGCACAAUUGGUUUCGUAAGAAACACGCUCAGGCAGAGGCUCUGGUGCCCAUCCCUCCCAGCCCCGAGACGAAGGACCGGUGGAGGAGCAUGACGGCGGUGCCUUAUCUGGAAGAUCUGCAUGGCUACAACGAGGAAGAAGAUGACGACUUGUAUGACAUUGAAGAUGAUAUCAUCUACACUCAGGACUUCACAGUACCAGGACAGGUGCCUGAGGAGGAGGCCGGGCAGAACGGGCAGAGCCGCGCCAAGGGGCUGCCCAAGGCCGUCUGCAUGAACGGGACGGAGCCGGGGCAGCUCAGCACCAGGUCCAAGGCGGAGCGACGGGCCAGCGCCUCUUCCAACCCCUCCCGCAAGGCCUGCUCCGCCAGCAGCAAGAUCCGCAAGCUCUCCACCUGCAAGCAGCAGUGAGGGGGGAGCCCCCCCAUCUCCCCAGCUCU